AGUAAGUUGACACGGUGAAAGCGAACCCCAGAUCUCCAUAUCGCACGGGAAGGCGCAGCGGCGAUCCACAGGGACCCAACUCCCGGCACGACACUUCUGCUUUAUGUAUCCAUGUAGGUAACGGGAGGGCCAAAGAGAUGAGGUUGCGGUGCGGACGGGACGAGUUUGCGGGGACAAUCGGCUGAGAUCAUGACUCCCCUCGGUGCUCGGUGUCGCCACCCACGGCUAGAUCUGGCCAGAGUGCUCGGUACACAAGAUGAGCUGCUAGCGUACGUCUGAAGUAUGCAACCCGAUGUCCUGGUCACCGGGAAACAUGGCGUCCUCCGGCCCAGGCUCCUCUGGAUCUACCUGCUAUGUGGAUUACUGGCGUGCGUCGGGCCCCGGCCCGCCCUCGGACACACCACCGAGGUUCCCCCUACCGAGGGUCCGACGGAGACGAACUGUGAGACCCCGUGUCCCGACAAGUGCCUGUGUUCUGCCGUCCCGAAGGCGUGCACAGUCGACUGUUCAGGACAGGGGCUCCGUCAAGUGCCAAGCCCUGCGGGUCUACCGAUCCCGACAAAGAAACUCAUCUUGUCGGAGAACAAUGUGUCCACUAUAGCAGGAGAUGCCUUCAAGAGUCUACAAAAUUUAGAAGAAUUAAUUAUGGAUAGGAAUAAUAUAAGCAGUCUUCCCAACAGAGUAUUUAAUAAUUUAUCAAGUCUGAAGAUUUUGAAUUUGACGUACAAUUGCCUAGAGUCAUUAGAAGUAAAUAGUUUUGAAGGAUUGACGUCCCUAGAAGAAUUGCUGCUUCAGGGUAAUAAGUUGAAUAGUGUGCCUGAUGACUUGUUUGCUGAUUCAAGUGCCAUCGCUGUGUUGUCAUUUAGUGAAAACCUCCUGACUACGCUUCCUGAAAAUGUGUUUCAAAAUCUUACUUCAUUACAAGAGCUUGAUUUAUCCAAGAACCGCCUGACUUCCAUGUCAAAGCAACUGUUCACAGGCCUUCACAUGUUGCAUACUCUCGACCUGUCUUCCAAUGCGCUGGACAACCUAACCUAUGGAGUGUUUGAUGACCUUGUUGCCAGCAACUCAAGCUUGACUAGCCUGUCCCUUGGCUCUAACCCAUACCUGUGUACCUGUGACCUGUCCUGGCUGCCCCUGUGGCUCACAGUGGCCGCAGAAACCAACAUCACCCUGCCUGACCGACCCAACAUCACCUGUGUGGACCCAGAAACCAACACAGUCAAAAAUGUGGCUGAAGUUGACUUUAGCCCCCUCAACUGCAAGCCUUGCAAACUCUCAGCAGGGCUAUUAGCAAUCCUGAGGAAGCAUAGACACAGCAAAGUCCAUUGGCAUGAGAAACAUAAUCUGAGUAGACACCGGAGUAGUAGAAGGCGAAGAAAUGGAUGCAAACUCCUGUGGUGUGAGUGGGUCCAUACCGUCUCAGUAGCGAUAUCGUCCAGUGUGUGUGAGGGCCACAUGAGAAUUCCAUCGUCUUUCAAAACAUUCCCAACUUUUCAUGUCGCGAACGCCAGAACAUACUACUCCAUCAAUGAGGAUAUCGAGUUUACUCUGACUGGAAUACUCACUGAUUCGAUGGAAUCUUACAUCUGGGAUUUGGGUGAUGGCUCACCACUAGUCAACAAGACAGGACUGUCAGUCAACCACAAGUACAGCGUUGAUGGGACUUACCCUCUUGUUGUGGAAGGACGCUACAAUGGCACAACUGUCACCACAAUGAUGCCGGUAGUGAUAGUGACACCCAUCACAGGCGUGACACUGACAUGUCCGCCCUCUCACUACACGGGAAGUGAAGCUUUCGCUGUGACCUUGGAAGCACGGACUGGAUAUAACAUCAGUGUGCAGUGGCUUGUGUCUGACUAUGCCGGAGCAGGAUUCAUCACUGAUGAACCAGAUGCAGACUACAGACAGUAUUUCAUGGUGGGAUCUGUGGUCUUUGAUUCUGUGGACAUUCCUGCAGUAAACAUGACGGCACAGGAAGGUGCAGCCUCAGCAAACACUAAGAGAUUGCUGCUGUUUCCUGGGAUGUGGUUCCAGCACGAAGGGCUGCUGAGCACUUGGGAGUUUGUGGCUGUGCCAGGUGCAUCCAACAUCCGCCUGCAGGUGUACCGACCCACCUGUCCUUUGUUUGGCUCAUAUCUGCACCUACCUGGAUGUCCCACCCUGCCCUCCCCCUAUUCCACUUGCGUGUCAGGUCAGUUCUGCAACACCACAGACAGCUGUCCUGCAGGCCAGCAGUAUUGCUACCUCAGAUCCUCCUGUCAGGCUAUUACCGAGCCUUGCAGUCAGUACGCCAUGAACCAAACCCUACCACCACGGUACAUCAACGCCCAGCCCAACUACACCCUCGCUGGGGAAACCAAUUUGCAAAUCAGUGUGACAGAGCGCACCCUGGUCCGAGUCGACAUCUCUCAGCAGCCACUCACUGUGUUAAAAGACGACAUCAUUGGUAUUCAGUUUGAUAGCAAGGAUGCUUUACAGUAUUACAACUCCUCAACGUCUGAAUGGGUACAAAGUGCUCUGUACAUGGAACAACAAGACUGGGUCGGGCCGUGGACAUACCCGGAGGAAUACCCAGACACUUGGUUUGACUACGCGCUUUUUGAAAUCCGAGCCAUGUACACUGUCAGUGAAACAUUUUCAUAUAGUCCAAGUAAUGCUGACAUUAUCAAAGCAAGGCCAGUUGGCACUGUUACCUUUGCAGCCAUUGUGGAAAACCCAGUCACAAAAAGAACUUCUCGCAACUGCACCAUCACCUUUGAAGAUGCCAUAGAGGGUGCUGAGUUGAUCUACCCUGUCCCAGGUGCUGAUGGUAUUAUCCACCUGGAAACAGGCAAGGAGUACAACUUUGUUGUCAUGAUCACCAAAGGAACUGACGUUUCUGCUACCUUUAUUUUCUGGGGGGAAGCACAUGCAGGGAUUCCCUUCCAAGACACCUGUCCAGAUGACAUUGAAGACUUUCCUCAGGAGUGUACUCCAACAUCAAACACUACAAGCUACGCUUUCUACACCAAGCAGUAUGACAACUACGCUAAUUCAUUUCCUUUGAGAGUCCAGUUGACAAAUCUUGUGAGUCAAGUAGCUGUAACAAGUAAUGUUCAGGCGGAUGAGGUCAUCAGUGGUGUGGCCAUCACCUCCUCCAGCCCUCGAACUGCUGUGGGGAUACAGCAGACCUUCACCGUCACCUAUGCCACCGGGACGUCAGUCAACUCCUACCAGUGGUACAUCGACGACCCCGUUGUUCUCAAUGCAGAUAGUGCAUCAUUUUUCUACACGUUCUCUGAAGCCACAACACAUACUAUCUAUGUUGAAAUCGAAAAUCCUCAUGGUUCUGCCAAUGCAAGUCUAGGCAUUACCAUCGACCCAAUGGAGCCCAUGCAAGACCUGUCAUUUGUCAACCCACCGGCCUUAGUGGCUACUGGUGAUGCUGUUACCUUCACAGCCACGGCAGCAGUGGACUCUUACUAUGACUUUACCUGGCAGUGGGACUAUGGGGACGGCCAAAGUGACACAACAUCCUCCACUGCCCCUUACACUGGUGCAGCGCCUAUUGCCAACACAUACUUGGUGCAGCAUGAAGAGAGUGUUAACCACACCUUUGCUACCCCUGGAAUCUACACUGCAAAUGUCCUUGUAUUCAAUGAUUAUGGAAACAUAUCUGCCCAGCAUACAGUUGAAAUCCGUCCAAAGCUUACCGGAGUCAGUGUUACAGCCUCGCCAGUGGCAGUUGAGCUAGGACAGCCUGUGACUCUGACUGCUACCCCACAAGGUGCUACAGAAGAUGUCACAUAUAGCUGGAACUUUGAUGAUUCCUCAACAGAUGAAGGCAGCUCAAAUGUCAGCAUUCACACCUACGCAGUUGCUGCUACCUACAAUGUCUCCGUGACGGCAGACAACGGAGUUAGUAAAGCAGUGGGUUUUGUACUGGUCAAAGCUCAAGUUAAAGUCACUGGCUUGGAACUGUCAACAGCUCCAGAAGUGACUGAGAUGAAUGAGGUCACAACUUUAACUGCGAGAGUACAAACUGGAACAGACCUUCGGUUUAACUCCGAUAUGGGGGAUGGAUUUGUGCUUUACAACCUAACAAGCCCGAUCAUGCACACCUACACAUAUCCUGGCAACUACACUGCAAAUGUGACAGCCUUCAAUGACAUCAGCUCUGAGUGGGAGACUAUUGUAGUGAUGGUUAUCAGCUCCUUCACAAUAAAUAACGUCAGCUCAGGGAGUUGUACAGAGCUGGGGAAGAUCACAACAUUCGAGGCAUCCAUAACAACAGACAAUAUAGGCAUCCUGCAGUUUACCUGGGAUUUUGGAGAUGACAAUACCAUGACAGUACAUGGGUCCCCCGUCAUCACACACAGGUAUGGAACAACAGGCAACUUUACGGUUGGACUGAAGGUGGAGAACACACAGAAGGUGUUGCGGGAAACGAUCUAUGCCUGUGUUCAGGAGCCGAUUAGUGGAGUUUUUGUCACAAACAACGGGCCCACUGCGUUGGGUCAUCAGACAACAGUUAACAUUGUACUAACAACUGGCUCUCACUAUGUGUACAGUGUGAACUUUGGAGAUGGUGUUCUUGAGACAUUUGAUGGUGGCUCAGUAGUCACACAUGUCUAUGGGUCAGCUGGGAACUACAAUGUGACCGUUACUGUACAUAACGAAGUUACAACAACAUCUUUAACAACCACAGUCAGAGUUGUAGAAGAGAUUGCAGGGAUCAGUAUAACACAUAAUGGCAUAAACCAAGACUUUGUUAGAUCACAAAGUAUCUACACAUAUCAGGCUGAUGUUGCAGCAGGGACGGAAGUGGACUACUCCUGGAACUUUGGUUCUGAUCAAGCUGUCGUAUCUGGGGAUCUCCAAGCCUACCAGUAUGAUGCACCAGGGAUCUACAUCAUCACAGUCAAUGCUUCAAAUGAUGUAAGCAGCUCCUCUAACAGUAAAAUCAUCACUGUACAAGAUACCGUACAAGGUCUACAUCUCAGCAGCAAUGCAACGGCUGAGAUCUUGGUGGGUUCUUCCGUCGUCUUUGAUGCAGCCAUCACAGUUGGUACUGACCCACAGUACACAUGGAAGCUGUGCAGCACGUGCACAUCGUUUGUCGGAAGUGACAGCAUCACAAGACCAUUUGCUAAUGUGGGCGCGUUUGAAGUUUCUGUGAACGUCGCAAAUGAAGUCAGCAGCGAGGAGGUGUCAACUACUGUCACGGUCAUUUACCCUGUGAAAGGUGCAAAGAUCUAUGGUGACUUAUCAGCAGGGUCCCUGCAUGCUGCGGGCCAGGCAUACACGUUUUCUGCCAAUGUCACCCAGGGACGGGCUGACCACUACCAGUGGGAGGUCAGCAAGUAUGGGUCCCACGUUGUCAGCCUUACAGGAUCUGAGGUUCAUGUUACGUUCCCAGACUUUGGACAGUACGAUGUUGCAGUGGUGGUGAGUAACAGUGUCAGUGACAGCGAAGCCAGUGUGACUGUGAAUGUGAUUGAGCUGGUGACUGAUGUGGUAGUCACUGCCUCCAAAACAAUGGCAAGCAACGAGGAAGAAGUGACGUUUACAGCAGUGUCUAUGGGGACAAACCGUACAUUUGUUUGGAACCUGGGAGAUGGCAGUCCGAACAUUGAAACAUCAGAACCUCAAGUUCAGCACCAAUAUAACCUUGCUGGUACCUUCCUUGUCACAGUGAAUGUCAGCAAUGACUUAAGCUCAAUGAAGUCUACUUCCUUGCCUGUGGAAAUCCUUGAAAGAAUCUCUGGGCUUGAUUUGGAAAUCACCACAACUGACACUAACAACUAUGCUGGUCAGAACGAAUUCACCGACUUUGUAGCAACACUUACCAGUGGCAGCAAUGUCACCUACAGCUGGAGAUUUACUGAUGGGGGCAGAGUAACAACAUCCCAUGGCUUGGACUUGGACGAAGCAAGAAUGGUGUACAAUAGUCUUGGUAACCAAACGGCUUCUCUGAGUGCUGACAAUAAUGUCAGCCAUCAGAAUAUCACACGGACAAUUGUGGUACAGAAGAGGCCUGCUGUUUACAGUCUGAGGCCCAAUGCAUCGUAUGUGGAAAUGUUGGAGGUUAUCAGUUUCACUCAUCAAGUGGAAGGUACAGACUUGGAAUAUGAGUUGGACUUUGGGGAUGGACCGCCCAUGAUUGGAAAUUCCUUGCCCUCACCUAUAUUGCACAGCUACUCCAAAACCGGUACAUAUAAUGUGUCUCUGAAGGUGCGAAACUUUGUUGGUCAAGAGGAGUAUAUUGUCAAUAUCACCGUGUUACAGCGUAUUGAAGGUCUAGCCAUCAACACUAAUUGCAGCAUGCCAUACUGUGCCAAUGGUUUCUUAAGCCUUGGGGAGCACUUGGAGUAUGCAGCCAAAUGGGCAGCAGGAAACAACAUCGCAUUUACGUGGGAGGUCAUACUACAAGAUGGCACUUCUGUUGCAUCGACAGGCGAGACAAUGACAUUUGCACCAGCACAGUUGGGCGUUCAGUCAGUGAGCCUUAUGGCUGAAAAUAGGCUGAACAGUGUCACUGUGACUGAAACCUUCACAGUACAGGAGGAGAUUGUAAGUGCAGAGCUGGUUACAAGCAACAUCAUAAACCUGUACGAGAAUGCCACCGUGUCAUUCCACAUGGACAUCUCCUCCGGGAGUGAUGUCUAUUACGAGUGGACAUUCAAUGAUGGGUUUCCAGUUUUUGAAACUUCAGUGUCUGAUCAAAAUCGCACCUUCCCCACUGCCGGAGACUAUCUUGUGAGAGUCAAAGCCUUCAAUAACAUAAGUCUGGUUGUGAAGGAAAUCGCCAUCACGAUUCGGGAGUUGAUGUGCCAGGAACCAACAGUGGACAGAGUUGGCCUCACGACUAAGGAAAUUCUGAGGUCCAGUGAAGCAUACUUGGAGGUGGACACAAACACCUUUGAUUGUACCAAGUACAGAGUGAUCCACCAGUGGACAGUGUACCAGGGCAGCCAGUGUGGCGUCAAUAACAUCACGCUUCCGUCAUCCGUCAACCGUGCAUCUACACGGCUGGUCCUGCCUGAACAAACCCUCGACCAUGACCUCUACUGCAUUGAGUACCAGAUUGUUUACCAGGACACCCCAGUGCUGUCUGUUGUAAGGUUCUCCCUCCGUGUGAAGGCAUCUCCCCUCACACCUCUCAUCAAGGGAGGCACCACCAGGACCCAGUCGUCCACACAGGAGCUGCUGCUGGAUGGAACAUCGUCCUUUGACCCCGACACUCCGGACAAGACAGGGCUGACCUUCCAGUGGCAAUGCACACAGGUUGGGCAGAAUCAUCCCAACCCAUGCAGUCUCAUUGACUGGACCACGCUGCAGCACAAGAGCUUGGUGGCCAUCCCUGCAAACACACUGCCCGAAGGAAUCACAUUGCUCCUGAAUCUAACAGUUGGGAAACAGGACCGCGUCCCUCAGUCUGCACAACAAACGAUUGAGGUAAACGUGCAGAACGUCCCAUCAGUGUUCAUCACAUGUGUGUCUUGCAUCUCCCUGAACACCAUGACUGUCAGUUGGAACCAACACGUGACAGUGACAGGGGAGUGCCAGAACUGCAACCCAGAUGCCGUGUACAAAUGGGACGUGAGAGCAGACGACAACAGCGUGCUGGAGCUUACCAAAUACACCACAACAACAGGAGACAGUUCUAAGAACCUCGUACUUCGGCCAGGUGCUCUGGCCAAUGGUCACGGUUACACCUUCACCUUAACUGUUACCGACGGUCUCCAACAUGGAUACGCAACUCUACACCUGGACCAUAACGAUCCCCCUAGCGGAGGAUUCUGCACUGCAAGUGCCAAUGAUGCCAAAAUCAUAGCAUCAUACACCACGGUGACCUUUGAGUGCUCGGGAUGGAACGACAAUAACAACAUUUAUGCAGAUCUCCUGAUCAACAUCAUUGUGAUGAGGCAGACUGGGCAGCACAGCUACGAGUCUUUCCUGCUUUACCGGGGCACACAAAGCACGUACCAGUCCACACUGCCCAUGGGUCUGGAGGAGCGGAAUGACAACGUCAGACUGGUCAUCCUUUUGGAGGAUCGGCUGGGAGCUCAGACUGAAGCAUUCAACAGCACCAUGACUGUGGAGUAUCCAGAGCAGACGGACCUGGGUGGGUUUGACACGGCUGUACAGUGGCUGUCCAACAGAACAGCCACAGACCUGCAGACAGCUGAACAGGACGGCGACAUUCAGCAGGUUCUGGGGUCAGCAGUUGCUUUGGUAACGAUUCUGAAUAACGAGUCUGCGUGGGCCUGGGCAAGGGAUGCGAAUGACGGGGAGUUCAGCGAUCGGGAGAGUGUCCGGAGCACCAUCCUCGACAAGGUGACGUCACUGUCAGGGUCUGUCACCACCAAGGAGGACAUCAGGCAGUUUGCUGCUGUUCUGUCGCUGUGCACGAAGUUUCCCAAAGAGAUGAUCUCAGAAAGUAGCCAUCAAGGGUUGACCAGUGCGCUGGAGGCCAUGGUGCAGAUACAAGAGGCAGAGGCUGAAGAGGGGCAGGUUGUGGACAAGGACACGGCCACCAACAUCUUUAACAUCAUCUCCAACAUCAUUGAGGCAGCCAAAGCCAGCACUUUCAGUGAAACCCACAGGAAGGCAGUGGUGACUAAGUCCUACAGCCUGGCCUCCAGGUACAACUAUGCCCUGCUCAAGAACAAGGUGGAGGGAGAAGAGGACCUGGUCAUCACUGCACCCACCGUCUCCUCACGGGCCAAGCUCACACAGGCCAGCGUCGUCAGCACUGCCCAGAACAUCAGUGGCAGUCAGUUUGUCGUCCCCAGCAGUGUGUUGGGCACGUCUACAGAGGUGGUGAGUCAGAUUGAGAUGGUUUUCGACACGAACCCCUUCACCUGGGGUCACCAGGACCACAUCUCCUCCCAGAUGAUGUCCCUGCAGUUUGCCAGAAGCGACCAGACAGAAGUGGGUGUGAACGACCUGCCUGAGGACGAUCAAAUCAAGGUCUUCAUGUUCAAGGGAGGCUCCCAGAAUCCCAAGCCCAUCUCAGGGGGCAGUUUGGUGGGCAGUCCUGCCUACGAUCCCUCGGAGGGACUGAGCACCACUGAUGGAUCCAUCAAGGCUGGCGGAGCCAUUAACGUCCGCGUCAACAUAACAGACUGUAGAGGUGCUGUGUACAUCCAGGUCAGGUACAACGAAACGGUUGCAGGGAGUACAGAGGAUGAUCAGUCGGUCACCGUUUGGUAUGUAGGGACUAACAACAGAACCUUGGUGCUGACCCGGGAUCUGAUGAGACAGACAGGUGACCACAGGGCCUACACCUUGUUCUUCGAACCAAGUGAGCGUGCCGGGAUGUCAGAAGUAAACCUGACUGUUACAAACAACUACCAGAAGCAGGGGGUGAAGUUGUCUGUAGGGCUCUACUGCUCCUCCUGUCUGUACUACAACCAGGACACUGAACAGUGGGAUGACGCUGGUGUGACUGCCAGCUCUGAGUCCACUGCAACUGUGUCUGUGUGCUACACUUCCCAUCUCACAUCCUUUGGGGCUGUUGUUUUACUGCCACCAAAUGCCAUCACCCUGGAGGACUUCCCAACUCUGGAGGACAUUGCCCAGAACCCUGUAGCUCUGAUUACCUGCAUGAGUUGGCUGCUGGUGUUCCUGGUGGCUGGGUUUGUGGUCAGGAAGCUGGACCUGCGGGACAUCAGGAAAGUGGCAGUGGUCCCGCUGUGCGGCCGGGACGGUCCGUACAAGUACGAGAUCUCCGUGAUGACUGGAAUGACCAGAGGCUCAGGAACAACUGCUCAUGUUGGACUGAACAUAUUUGGUUCCAAUGGGAAGAAGAGUGGCCGGCGUGUUCUGCUGAAACCCAACGCCUUCCAGAGAAACAGCACGGACGUGUUCCAGAUAGCUGUGGACGGGAGCCUGGGUGACAUCAUCAAGAUCAAAAUCUGGCACGACAACACAGGACUGGACCCAUCGUGGAACCUGAAAUCACUUGUUGUACACGACAUUCAGACUGACAAGCGCUACCACUUUGUAGCCAACAGCUGGUUCUCACUGGAGGAGCCUGAUGGCUUUGUAGAAAAAGACGUCUAUGUUGCAAGCCCAGAUGCCCUGAAGAAGUUCUCCACAGUUUUUAAGAACGAGACAGCUCGUGGCCUGUCAGAGCAGCACCUGUGGCUCUCCAUCCUGGAACGGCCUGCCAGGAACCGCUUCACCCGCGUGCAGCGUGUCACCUGUCUGGCCACCCUGGUCUACUCCUUCAUGUGUGUGAAUGCCAUGUGGUACGGGCUCAUCAAGACCAACACUGAGGAUGUGGAGAUCUGGUACUAUGCCUUCUCCUGGGAGGAGUUAGCAGUGGGCAUCAUCAGCAACCUGAUGGUCUUCCCCAUCAACCUCCUCAUUGUCACACUGUUCCGCAAGAUAAAGAGCAAGGUUAAAGCAACCGACUACUAUCAGCCGGUGGCACAGCGGGCACAGACAGCUCAGACCAUAGAGAUGGACGUGAUGUGUAACACAUCCCAGAACGGGGAGUCCCUCAUCACCAUGUCAGGGCAGACUGAUCCAUUCGCCCUGUUUGACCAUCGCACCAUCUCUAACAACAACAUGAAGCAUUCUCAGAGUUUCCGCAGUGCCUGGCAGGAUGAUGAUGAUGACAGUGAUGAUGAGACGGAGUACCGCCCGCGGGGAGGGAAGAUGAGUAUUGUGGACAGCUGGGAGGACCUGAGGAAGGACAAGAGGACUCUGCAAGAGCGGAACAAACUUUGGUCCUAUGAAAGCAUCAUGAACUGGUCGGACACAGAUCAGGCACCAAGCAAACCCAAGAAGUCUCAGCUGAAGAGGAAGAAGACGGGUCGCUAUGGUGGGAAAGACAUCCCGGGAAUCCAUGUGGAUGCUGUUCUGUCAGAUGAUGAUGAUGAUGACUCCUGGGGCAAGACGGCUCCUACCCAGAAGAGCAAGCAGACUGGCCAGUUCCUGUCCACAAAAAGCCAAGCUGAUGGGAAGAUGUCGCGCACCCACAGUGUGGAUGACCUGCUGACCUCAGACGAGUUCUGGACGUCCAUCAUGGACGAGACGUCUGACCAGAAGGACUCCAGCCGGACCCUGCAGUCCAGCGGCAGCUUCACGCCCAGGUCUGAUGCUGACCUUGACAGUGGGAUUGGGGAUCCGAUACACAAGACCCUGGAGCCGUCCAUCCAUUCGGAGUCUGACCAGAGCCAGCAGACCCAGACCUUCCUGCUGGAGUCAGACACCACCUCGGUGGACAGCAGUGUUUCUCCACAGCGCCGCCGGCCAGCCUCAAGCAGCUCAGUUGAGAGCCUUAGUGAUGAUGACAAGGGGAAGUGGCUGCUGCCCUACUGGUUUGUGUACAUCGCCUACCUGCUGUGUGCCAUCAUCAUUGCUGGCUGCAUGGUUGUCAUCAUCAUGUAUGGACAGGCCUUUGGGCGUGACCAAGCCACCAAGUGGGUGUUGUCCAUGUUCCUGUCCCUGAUCCAGUCCAUGUUCCUGAUGGAGCCCAUCAGGGUGAUUCUGAUCGCCCUGUUCCUGGCCUCCAUCAGCAAGCCUACUGACCACAAUGAUGAGGACGAUCUUGUGGAUAGACCUGUGGUUGAGAACCAGGAUGACCGUACCAAGUCCAAGGCCAUCCGUGCUCCGUACGGUUAUGGCCUGCUGCAGGCGCGCGAGGAGGCCAGGAAGGUGCGCGUGAUGUACACCAUCAUCCACCAGUGCAUCUUCUACCUCCUCUUCAUCCUCACCAUGCUGGUCAUUGCCUUCCACGACAACGACCUCAAUACCUACAGGAUGACCCACAGCAUCCAGGACGCGCUGGUCAAACCGCAGUUUGGGACCAGCAACCGCAGCUUCCUCACUAUCACACAGAGUGAGGACUGGUGGGAGUACAUGGACUCUGUCAUCCUGCCGACUCUACUGGACACCAGUCAGGACGCCAUCACUGACUCCAGUCUGGAGGGCGUGGUGCUGGGCGGGGUCAGGCUCAGGCAGAUCAGGAACACUCCAGAAACCUGUAUCCUGCAAGGAGGGAACCGCUAUCCCAACUUGUGGACAGCAGACUGGGACUGCUACUCCAGUGUCAGGUUGUCUACAGAGGACAGCAGCAGCUAUGGAGAAACAUGGACAGCAAACCAAGCCAACUGGACCUACAGUGAAACCAACAGUUACAAUGGGCUGAUGUACUAUGGUCGUGAUGGAUCCUACUCUGAUAAUGGGUACAUUGUUGACCUGCAAAAGUCAUACAACGCCAGCAUCACUGCACUAGCAGCACUCAACAGUACUGACUGGAUUGACAGAGGGACCAGAGCAGUGUUUGUGGAGUUCAGUCUGUACAACCCUAACGUGAACCUGUUCAGUGUGGUGACCCUGCUGCUGGAGCUGCCUGUCACUGGUGUGGGGCGGGCCUCCCAUGACAUCAAGUCUGGCCGCUUCGUGGUGUACGGGUAUGGUGUGGACCUCCUCAUGAUCAUGCAGGGCUUGUUUGCUCUGUUCCUGUUGUACUACAUCGUGGUGGAGUUGUGCCAGCUGAAGAGACACGGCUUCAAGCCCUACAUGAAACGCUUCCAGACGUACUACGAGUGGACCAUCAUCAUCAUCAGCACCUCCUCGCUGGCAGUCUACAUCCACCGGCUGCUGUACACCACAGGGCUCUGGAGGGAGCACCUGGCUGACAAGGCCAAGUUCAUCAGCUUCUUCCACUCUGCCUACCUCGGUCAAGUCACAGCCUACCUCAAUGGCCUGGUCAUCUUCCUUCUCAUGAUAAAGGUGGCAAGACAAAUGCGGUUCAGACGGCAGUGGUCCAUAUUUGGCAAGGCCCUGAGGCUGGUUGCCUGGGAACUGGCUGGCUGCUUCCUGAUCUUCCUCAUCCUCAUCCUCAUCUAUGCACAGCUCGGCUACCUGCUGUUUUCCAACCACAGUCCUUACUUCACCACCAUGUGGAUGUCCAUCACCGCCAUGGUGGCCAUGUUCCGCGGCCAGGUUGACCUUGACCCCUGCAGAGAGGCCCACCCAGUCCUGGCCUUCCUGUUCUUCACCUCCUACAUCCUGGUGGUGUUCUGUAUCCUGGGAAGGCUGUUUGGGGCCGUCCUGAUCCACGGGUUCACGGCAGUACGGAAGGAGAUGCACCGCCCGGCUGUGGAGCGGCAGGACUAUGAGAUGGUGGAGUUCAUGAUCAAGAGAUUCAAGAUGUGGACUGGCCUAGCCAAGCCUAAGGCGUGGCGCCACAAUGUGAAGUUCCUGGGCAUGGACCGACUGUCUACUCGCUCAUCUCGGUCAACUAUAACCACAGGAGGCCUCUCCCACGUGUCCACACCAAACAGUCCCAUCAGCCUGGAGUCCAGUGGCUCUGUCGGCCUGGGGCAUCUCCCCGAGGUGGGUCAGAUGGACCCAAACCACCUGGAGUACCUCCUGGACAGACUCACACCGACUGUAGACGCCGUGUUAUCCACAUUCGAUCGGUUACGCCACUACGUGGAUGAUGACUCCACCUUUGAGGAGGAUCCACCGGUACAAAAGGGUCAUCAGAGGACAAGUAUCACUAACGAGACACAACAGAAGAAAAAUAUCAAUAUUAGUAGAAAGGAUGCCCAGAGUGCACCGGCUAAUAAGUCAGGUAGACCUUCUAACAGAGUGUUGAAAGCUAGCAGCUCUUGGACACAAGGUAUUCCCGGACAGGAAAAAGCGUUACCUACACAAAGAGAGAAUUCCUGGACUAAAGGAUCCAGUACAAGUGGUCCUCCAAGCAGGAGAGACCAGUCUUCCUCAUGGAGGCAGAACAAAGAAGUGUCAUGGGCAGAUAAGUACAAAGACAAUGCCUGGGGAUCGUCUAGUUGGACUCGUAAAGGAGCCAGCGAUCCAUGGGGAGAUAGAAGGAGGGAAGACUCGUGGGAACAAAGUCACCCACGGUCAACCCAAAACUCCCCAGCUAGAAAGAAGGAGCACUCUUGGAGCUCUGAUUACGGGAGCUCUAGGAGACAGGGGUCACGAGGAAGUGGCCCACAGAGACCCACCCCAAAGAAACCUGCUUGGUGAAUAGAGCUGUAUAAAGGGUUUGAUAAAUGUCUGCUGUAUAUAUGGUAUGCUGUUUCCAGAGUUUCUAUUUUUCUAUUCCAGGAGCUUUUUGUAUAUAAUUGCUCAGCAGCUUUUACUUGUUUUUACAUCAUCAGAGAGUGUGAUUUUAAUCCUGUAGAGGCUUCCAAAACAUUCCAAAAGCUGCCAUACUUCAUGGAAAAUCCAGUUGAAUGUGUUUUUUUUACUGUUGUUUGAUAUCAGAUUGAUUAAAUCAUCUUUAAGAUGUAAAAUAUCCCAUGAAUUUGUGUGGAAAACUGAAGUCUUGAUUCCCUAGCAAAAUGUACUGUGCGAGAACUGAAUUGCUUGUGUGUGUAUAUAAAGAUAUAUUAUCUAAUCUAACUUGUUUUGUAUAGUGGAAAUGUAAUCCUACUCAAUAAUUUAAAACUUGACAAUUGUGCUGUAAAUGAAUUAGACAAAACUAUGUUACCUAGUGGAAAUUGUUGGACGAGGCAGGUAGAUGAUUGAUGUCUUGCUGUCAGAAUAUGAAGAAAUAGUGCCAAAGUAAUGAAGUUAUUGAUUAAUAUAAAAAUUGUCAAAUGUCUAGAUGUAUGUGCUGUGUACUAUGUUCAGUGUUUUGUGUGGUAUUGAUGUUUUAUGUAUUUCCUUGAAGUAUUCCUGUGGUGAUCUGUGGUCCAGCUCUUCACUCUCACCUUGCACUCGCUGCAAUAAGAGAGCCUUCAGUUGAACCACAGUUCUCCCUUCUCCUUCUCCUUCUGACGAAUGUCAUGUGAAGCUGUGCUUUGUUUGACAGAUUGAUGAGAAAUAAAAGUGUCAUUUUGAA